CAUCAACUCUUCAGUCUUAUUCAGCAUAUAGUGGGGAUUUAAUCAGAGAGUCACUAAGAGAUUAUGACGCAAAACCAAGAGAUGAAAAUGAACAGGUGUUGUAUGCAGUUGUAGAAAAUGGGAACAAGAUGGAAAACAAUGAGGAGAUGAAGGCAAUAAGAAAGUUGCAGGAAGGAGAGAAAAACGGGAAAGACACAACUUUGAACUAUCAAAGAGAAAAAUUUAAAGAGAGCAGAGGAGAAGAACAAGAAAAAAUAAUCAAUACCGGAGCAAAGACAAAUCAAAAUGAAGACAGGGAAGGGGAAGAAAUGGCAGCGCAAACCGCCAACAUAAGUAGGGAAAAAGGUGGAACGACCAAUGGAGAGGAGGGUGUAACCUUGAGACAAAACGUGGAUCAAAGCAAAGGGCAAAUCAGUGAUGAAGGAGCUGAAAGAGACAGUGUGACUAAAAUAUAUGAAGAGAAUUUCCUAAAAGUUGCAGCUGAGAAGCAGAGUGAGUCUUUAAAAAGGGAAGAAGCAGAGGACAGAAGUGAGGAAACACUGGAGGGGAAAGAAGACAAUAAAUGUGUUGGGGAAACUGGGAAAAAGGACAUGACAAAUGUUCCCUUUGGACCCCCUACUAAUUUGAAAGAAUUUAACAGAGAUAAAGGACACGUUGUUGAGAACCUGUCUCCCUGCCCCAGUUUGAUUAAACAGCUGGGAACCACUGAGAACAAGGGCAUUCAUCUGGGAGAAAAUGCUACAGCAAUUGUGGAAAUCACAAAUAAAUCAUUUACCUAUAAAGUGACAAAAAAUCACAGAACAACAAGGCAGAGCCCAAACCAGUCGAAAACAACAUCUCCUCCCAAAGAGCCAUACACACAGAUUAAAUCUCAUCUCUCUCCCCCCAAGGCCGUUCUUCCAAAGCAUGAAGUUACGUCAGCACUCGCUAAAGAAAGUGCCCGGAACGAAGUUGUUGAAGCUACAUUUGGACAUCACACUUUAAAGUUUGGGGACGUAUUAAAGCCAUCGGUUUCCCCACACAGCAGUGCAGCUAAAUUCACUCACCCUUUACUAAAGACUAUCAGCAAUAUGUUGUCACUCACCACCCAUCGAUUGACAACCGCAGCUGGAUUCCUGAGAGCUGAGCCCCACUUUACAGUAAAUAGUUCUACUCCCAAUAUAUCAAUUAUUUACGGCAUCCCAAAUCACAGGCAUAAAUUUAGUGCUUCAGUUUCAAAGCCCAAUUCAAUUUUACAUACCGCAAAUGAGAGCGAGCAAGCAGAAUACAUUAUAGCAUCAGUGAAUCCCGCUCCACACCAGAAGAUGUAUAAUGACUCAUCUACUAGGCCACCCACGGCCACAGCCUUGUCAUCCGAGGCCCACAUCUCCAUAGGCCAGUUGCAGCCUCGCCAAGCGCAGCCUGUCCCUCAGAUCAGCGAGUCCCCCUCCUCCCCCUCUUUUGACAUGACUUCAGGCCAGCCAUGCUCAUUUAAACUGUCAGAGCAGACAGCCCAUCCAGAUGCUCUGCAUACCUCUGUUGAUGGUAACGAGCAGAGAUCUGUGCAUACCCUAACGGCACCAUUGAGUCCUAAAGCGGAAAACGAUCAAUUUCCCCACACCAACAUGUCACCGUUGCUAAAUCUCAGCCUGUUUGGAGGUGACAUUUUACCUGGCACCUAUAGGCUGACAGGGCUAACCGAAUCAGCAGUUAGCCCUGUCUUGCUAAACUUACUUAGGGCCAAUUCCAACACUCAACAUGCGAAUGUUGAAAGUGACCGUGUCGAGUCUUUGUUAGGGACUGUUGAUGAGACAAAUCAAAUCAAGGAGAACGAUAAUGCAAGAACAAUGGUGACCUUGAAAGGGAAACAUUUAGAGCUGGUGACAGAGCAAAUAUCAGAGAUGAGACUUGAAGAGAACAGUUUACCUUUUAUUACACCAAUGACCGGCAGCAAUAAAGAUAACAUAGAUGAACUUAACUCUGUGUCUAUAAUGCAGGCUGAUAAACCGGCAAUGAAAAUGAUUAAUGAGAAUGACCUGAUCAGUGUAAAUGGCAAAAGAGAAGCAAACAGCACAGUGACAGUUCCCAUCAAGUCUGUCAUGCUUGCGGUUCAUACCGGGCCCAGGACUGAGCAGGCUACAGAUGACAAUUUUGUGUAUGAUUUUGGAACACCUGCCUUUAGCACACAUGCCACAUCUGGCACCUCUCCAGAUGUUGAGUCAGAAGGUCGGCCUGAAAUGCCUAAAAUCCAGCAUGAUGAUGUGACUAAAAUGUCUGUUUCUGAUGUGAAGCAUCAUGCAGAAAAAACACCCGGAAAGCAAAACAAUUCAGUGAGCAACAGUGCUCUCCCUGCUGCACAUAUUACUUUCAGAAAUGAUAUCAUUAUGCUCAGUAAAUCCACACACCAGACUGACGACCAGCUAAUUACUUCUUCCUUUCAAAUGAUCACAGCAGUAACUGAUGAUUCCGUGUCCCUGGCUCCAACUCCUACCAUAGGUGGUGUUACUGUGUCCAAAGAAGAUCACGAAUCACUGCUGAUGGCUAGUGAGAGUGUGCCAGUUGUGGAAAAGUCAUCUCGCGCUGCUGCUGAGCACAUAGAGCACUCGAAUAGUCAUACUGAGCCUUUGUCAUUGAUAGGGCCUCCCAUAACUCCUACUACUGGCAAACCCACCCCUGCUGUGAAAAGACAACACACAACAGAAACACAGAGCGCCGAGCUGCCUGAGGAUAAAAUUUCUGUAAGGACUAUUGAACAGAGUCAGCAUGCUGCUCCUGCUGUAUUUGCAAUAACACAUAAUAUUAAUGACCCAGAGAAGGACAUCCAAAGAGACUUGCUGCAGACAUCCCACAGAGCUGAAGGUUUGCAUGGUCCAACAUCUACCAUGCUUAGAAAAAUGGAAUAUUCAUUAAUUAAAGACGUCAAAACAGCUCUGACUACAAAGAGUGCUUUUGAAGCCAAACAAUCUCUACUUGAGAAAAUUUCUGCAGCAUAUACGCAGGACAGAACAGAGCAGCCUGACAGGCAGACCUCGCAUGAAAAGACUUCAAUAAGUCAAUUGAUAUCUGGAUUUAUGGCAGAUUCUGCACCAACUACAAGGAUCUUGCCCACAGAGAUUAUUAAUAAAAGCAGCUGUAGGACUAUCGGCUGUGCUCGGUCAACCAAGGCGACUGAAACAACAACUGGAGCAGGUGAAAUUGAUCAUAGUCAGAAAAUGUAUAAAACACAGGGUGCAGUCACAGAAAGAGAUCAUUUCAGGGCCGAGGUUACUGCUGGCGCAAAACCAGAAAAUGGCAAUUGCAGCUCUGACUGUCUUGUAGCUGGAAAGGCUACACCGCGGGCUGCUGACCUUGAAUAUGCAAUGCUUUCAGCAUUCAUCAGUAUCGGUGAAUCCGAUCGCGGCGUUGAUGAAACGAUGUCAAAAAAGGCCAGGAGUGUGGCAGCUAAAGCUGUUCAUUUGGAGAGGCACUGGACACCUGAGAGGCCCCACUUUGUAAGGAAAGCAACACAAAGACGCUUUCACAGAGAGACCUCUAAGGCUCAGGAGGCUCCUGGUAAAGAGGUCACUUUAUCUGAACCUGAAGCAGCUCCUCUGCAGACCACAAUAAAGGCUACUGAGCUGACGGUGCUCUCUGAAAAAAACACAAAAACACAAUUAGACCGAGGAGCAGGCAACGCCGAGGUACUUGAAGCGCAAAAUGCCACCAGGUCAGUGAGUGCCGCAGCUAAAGAAGAGUCAGGGCGCAGCCUGUUACUGCCAGAAUCUGAGUCAGAGCUGCCAAAGCUGAAGCGCAGGGGAAGGACCUCAUCACAUCUGUAUCUCUCUGGUAUAACGGAAGUUUCAGAGGACCUGUGUGGCAGUGGAAACUACACAGCAGAAAUGAGUCUUGACCUUGGGAGAGGUGUAGAACCUGGUGAUGCUGUACCUGCCCGGGGGAACCUCAGAGUGGUUAUCAACCUAAAGACAAACAACAGUCAGAUAAACCUCGGGGUCACCUCCUGUUGUCUGUCUCCAACCAUCCAGCCAGACCUUGCAAACUCUACCUGCUGUCUUUUCUCCAGGUUAGCAGCAGAACCAGCAGGGAUCACACUACUGCCCACUGCCUUGUCAACGAGUGCCAGCUUCACCAUCAGUCUCUUCCAAAUGAUUAAUUACUCAGUAGUGUACCUACACUGCGAUCUGAGUGUCUGCCUGAGGAACCACUCUGACUGUGAAAGGCAGUGCCUUCAGCAGAGGCGUGCACUUCCCUCAGAGGGCUCGCAAACUAUUGUCACCAAUCUGAAAAAUCGCAUAUCCUUUGGACCCAUGUUGAAACAAGUGAAGAACUCUACCUUUCCAGAGGAGAUAGAACCAUCAGAACUGGACCUGGCUCUGGUCAUAGUCAGCCUGGUGGUUGGCUCCUCGCUUGUCACAGUGAUGCUGCUGCUGGUGUGGCUGGCCUACCGUAAACGCGGUGACUGGCUGCUCCGCUCGGCGGCUCCACCACGAGCCUGCUGCGACUGUCUUCGCCCAGGAGGUGACUUGAUCCUUCCGUGACCAAGGAGGGACUGUCGCCUUUUACACGGAUCAAGUCUUUACCAAAAUAGCUGCAGACAAUUACAUUAGUCAACAGACAGUGGAGCAGUCAAUCAUAUUAGCCACAGAAGCGGCCAGCUGCAUCGGCUGGUAUAGGCUAGACUAGACAAUGAGGAGCAAUCCAAUUCACGCUGCCUUUCACAGGUGACACAGCUGUUGCAGUCUAAUUUUGUACUUAACCACGAGCAGUCUAUUAUCAUUCACAGACAGACAAAAAAAACCUUGAGACCUUUGUUUUUUCCCCAGGGGCAAGAAAUCAGCAUGCUUUGUUUCCCACUUCGAGAAUAAUGGCUUGUUAAUAACUGUUUAAUACACAAUAAUGUAUGCAUUUGUGUCUUGUUACCUAUAUCGAGUCUAUGUGGUAGAAGCUCAUUUAUUAUCGCAAGAGAACUUACAACACCCCUGAAAUAUUGCUUCUGUAUCUAUACACUGUAAUAUAAUGUGGCUAAUAAUAUGAAAUAGUGGAAAACAAUAUCAGAAUAUGUAUUAGCACUGAUUUACUAUUAAUCUGUCUCUAAAGAAGAAUUUUUUCCUGAUCUCAAUCUUUAACUUGAAUCCUUAAUAAGUACAAUGAAACAAAAUACGAGUGGGAAAAGCCUUUCUAGCAGUAUUCCUAACAUAAUAUUCCUUGAUCCAUUUUAUGUGCACCA